UCAAGUGUCGUCUUCUUCCCCCCCAUCUCGCGAUAUUUCCUCAAUGUCUGUGUCCUUCAUGUGAAAUCCAAAAUGGGUUAUUGGGAUCUGCAAGAGGGGAAAGAUUGUAUCGAGAAAACAUGGAUCACCACUAAAUUGGGCACAGCUCUAGGGUUGGUGGGUUCAGCCUAUCACAUUGUGGCAUUCCAGCCUGAUUCCGCAAUCCAAGCUGUUCAGAGAGCCACAAAUGGCACAGUAACCAUGGCUGCCUUGGGGGCGAUCUUUGGAAUGACCACUUGUCUAGCUGCACAGGCCCGGGAUGCUCCUGAUGAUCCGGUGAACUAUUUCCUCGGAGGCUGUGCAUCAGGAGUCUUUCUUGGAGCUCGUACUCACAGUGCAAUGACAGGCACGACGGCAUGUAUUGGGCUGGGGACACUGGCCAUGUUCACUAAGGUGGGCAAGAUGGAGGGCUGGAGAUUAGCUGGACCACCCAGGAUGUAAACAGCCCAAGGGGGAGACUAUAUAUUGACAUGUAUAUUGUAUAUUAAAUAUUCCUUGAAUAAACUUGUGUAAAAGAG